AUGUCAGAAACUUUAGAAAAAAUUGCUCGUCUUCCUGAAAAUAGGAAAUGCUUUGAUUGCGAUUCUCCAAACCCUCAAUGGGCAUCUUGUAACCUUGGUAUCUUUAUAUGUUUGGAAUGUAGUGGACAGCACCGUGGUUUGGGUGUAGAGAAGAGUUUUGUGCGUAGUGUCACGAUGGAUAAUUGGAAUGAACGACAAGUACAAAUGAUAGAAAAAGGAGGAAACGAACGUGCUCGUGCAUUUCUCAUGACUGACCCCGAGUUUUCUUCUUCAACAAGUAUCCGUGAUAAGUAUAACACUGAUAUUGCUGAAGAUUAUCGAGAAAAGCUUCUUGCAGAUGUCGAUGGCCGUGAAUGGGUAAAAGGAGAGCGUCCCGAAAAGCCAGAAGCCAAGUCGAGCACAGCCCCUAUUCCCAGAAAGGAAGAUAACGAACACUACUUUGAACGCUUGGGAUCUAUGAAUUCCCAGCGUUCCGCUGACUUGCCUCCUUCUCAGGGAGGUCGGUACGCUGGAUUUGGUAGCUCAAACUCCGUGCCUCCUACAUAUUCCGGUGAUGGAGAGAGUGGACCUUCCUUUAUGGAUGAGCUUUCAAAAAAUCCUCUUUCUGCUUUUAAUCAUGGAUGGAGCAUGUUUUCCAAAUCGGUUUCACAACAGGUACAAGAUAUCAAUAAAACUUAUGUACAGUCUACUUUUUCAAAGGCUCCUGAAAUUCGAAAAGAUUAUGUUGAUGCUAUGAAAACAUUUUCUUCUUCCGUUCAAUCGACUGCUCGUCAGUCCUAUCAACAGGUACGAUCCAUGAUUGAUGAAAAUAUAAACGCAACUGAUGGUUCUUCUCAACAACCUGCUUCAGAACAUCAGGCGGAUCCGGAUGUUACAAAUCCAUUAAUGCAUAACGAUAAUCAUUCUGAGGAUCUACCGUCGUACUCUUCUGUUGUCAACCCACAAAGAACCGAAAGAAAGCGAGAUUAA